AUGCUCUCAAAUCCUGAGGAUAGAAAUAAGAACAAAUACUGCAAGUUUUACAGGGAUGUCGGGCACGACACCGAGGACUAUAGACAAUUGAAGAGAGAAAUAGAAGAUGUGAUCCAGAAGGGUCACCUGAAGCGGUAUGUGAAGGAAGACACAAAGGACAAUCCCCGAGGUCAUGACGCCAUAAGAAACGACCGGGGAAGGGAUGACAGAACUCGCAGAGGAGACGAUCGAGAUCGUCAAGGAGGGCCAGGACAGGAGUCAGCCAGCAGAGCCAAGGCGAAAGCGACGUUCUUGGCCAUGGUUGAAGUCCCCAAAAAGAAAGCACGCACUAAGCCCAUGAUUACCUUCUCAGACAAAGACAUGGAGGGGAUGAGCUGGCCACACAACGAUGCUGUCGUGGUUCAGGCAGUUAUAGCCAAUAGAUCGGUUCACAGGAUACUGGUGGACACGGGGGCAUCUGUAGAUAUGCUAUCCUACGACGCGUACCUAUAG